GUCAAAAUCAUGUGGGCAAUAUGCAAAAUGAUUUAUUUUCCAAGGUUUCUUUACAAUUAUCCAACUUUAAAACUUAUAUAUCAGUUAAAAUGACUUAAUCAACGUGUAGUAAUAUAAUGGGACCAAUAAAUAUUCUACAUUUAGUAUCCUUCUUGGAUUUGUUAGCUGUUGGCCUUACUUAUCCAUUAUUCAGCACACAUUUAAAAGACCUUGGGGCUUCUAAAUUUACUAUAGGUAUUUUAAGUUCUACUUAUGCAGGAAUACAAGUUUUAGCUGGUCCUAUAAUUGGUAGUUGGAGUGAUGUAAGAGAUAGAAAGUCUGUACUACAAAUUACUGUUAUACUAUGUGCAAUUUUAUAUGGUUUACUAGGAAUUCCGAAAUCAAUUAUAGGAAUAUUUUUAAUUCGGUUUUGUUUAGGCAUGUGUAAACAUACACAAACACUCACAAAAGCCAUUAUUACUGAUGUUAUAACACCAAAAGAAAGAAGCGCUGCUUUUGGAAAAUCGACAGCUUGGGGUAACCUGGGAUUUAUUAUAGGACCUUUAAUUGGAGGUUACUUGUCGGAAUAUCCAAAUGGGUUUAUGUAUGUCUGUUUAAUAACCUCUGGUCUCUUCAUUUUAAAUUUAGGAAUUACUGUUAACUUGCCAGAAGAGCCCACUAAAAAGCACAAAUAUGACUCACUACUAACAGGAAUAAAGACUGAAUUUAAAAAAUCGCUCAGGGAAUUGAUUGAAGUUGACUGGAAGGCCCACUGGGUCAGUUUUCUCUUAAGAUUUUUAUUUGGAUUGUGUUCAUCAGCAUAUUUUAGCAAUCAAGUUUUGUACCUUAAAGAAAAACAUGGCUUGUCCCAAAAACAUAUAGGUUACACAAUAUCCAUAUACAGCAGCAUUGGAAUGAUAGUGGCUCUGUAUUUGGAAAAGAUUAAUAGUUUUUAUAAAAAUGACAGAACAGGCUACCAACAAUUAUUUCAUUUUUUUGCAAUCUUUGCUUUAAGUUUCUAUUUCAUUUAUGUUUCACCUAAUUUAUUCACUUAUAUGUUGUGUCUUAUACCUCUAGCAAUAUCGUCAAUCGUUAUAAGAGUAAUUAGUAUGGAUUUAUUAAUGAAGGAAUCAAACGGGGUUAAAAGAGGAUCUCUAUCGGGAGCUUCAAACAGUAUAAUGUCAAUUGCUAGGUUUGUUUCGCCACUUUUUUCGGGUAUUAUGGUGGACUUUUUUGGGCAGAGUGUGAUAUUAAUGUCUGUCCUACCUGCCACUUUAGGUAUGGGUUUAAGCUGGUAUUUUAAUUUAAAACGGAAGAUACAUUAAUGUAUAUACAAUUAAAACAAUUUUUAAGACCUAAGCUCUUUAUUUACAAUCUACAUUACCACACUAUCAUCCCCCACAAUUUACCAAACAGUUUGGCUGUUAGGACAUAAACUGGCAUGAAAAUUAACCCGACUAUUAAAAAUAUGACUAUUAAUAUUAAGAAAAGUUCUCCGCAAAAUAUAAUGGUUUUCAUUACUUUAUCCUUGGGCUCCUCAGUUUCCAGUAUAUCUAUGAGUUUAUCAAGGAUGAAUCUGAUUAAAUAAACGAAUCCUUCAACAAGUGGUAGAAGAUUCCAUAACAUUACCAGUAUUGUCAACCCUGCUGUGUAUGCUUGAGAUAUCAGUGAAGUUAUCAGGUUCAUGAAUGUAAUGGUUCUGAAAAUGCGUCAAUAAAAUACAGGGUGUUUUCUUAGUGAUUAAAG